CGUAGACCUAUAUAAGUAGAACAUUAUUCUACCGGAAGCUGCAUUGAGCAAGAUCACUCCGCGUUGAGCAACUAUCAAAUUCCCUAGUGCUCCCACUGGAACCCAGCCUCAUUCAUCAUGGUUGUAGGAGAGCUCCCGCUCGAUGGAAAGAUCGUAGUGAUCACUGGAGCAGGAUCAGGUAUCAACCUUGAGUUCGCAAAACUCGCUCAUGAAAGAAACGCCCACGUCGUCAUUGGAGAUGUCAGAUUGACUCCCGAAGCGGAAGAGUGGAUCGCAACUACAAAAGGCUCCACAUCGAAGGUCGUGUACCAGCAGACGGACGUGACAAAAUGGGACCAGCUGCACACAUUGCUGGACGUAUCAGAGAAGGAAUUCGGAGACGUCCCUGAUCUAUACGUUGCUGGUGCUGGAGUGUUUGAGCCGGACUGGUCAAACUUCUGGGAGGAUCCGGAAGUUGAUGGCUACAAAUCGAUCGACAUCAACGUGGCGCAUGCGAUCAAGUUCACUCGGAUUAGCAUUCGGAAGCUUCUGUCGAAGAACAAGAAGGGCGUUAUUCUCGUUGUCGGCUCGAUUACUGGGCAGACGCCGAACUUCACUGGACCGCUCUACGUCGCCACUAAGCACGCUAUAUCGGGGUUUGUGAGAAGUUUGGCGAUGUUGGAUGAAUAUAUGGAUAUUAAGGUAGUGUGUAGUGCUCCGGGGAUGGUGCUCACGAGGUUAUGGACAGACAGGCCGGAUAUGUCUAAGAAUUACAAAGGGAUAGAGCAGAUAGCUCUUGGUCCAAAAGAUAUCGCAGAGAGCAUGGUGGUGCUGGCUGGAUCAUCGAAGUAUGGGGGUGGUACAGUUCUGGAGGUAGCAAAAGGGCAGCCAUGGAGGGAAGUACCAGCAUACAACGCUCCUCCACCACUAGGUGUAGGAGCAACGCCGGAGCAAUCUGCGGCAGAUCUACGAAUCUUGCAGAUUUUAGAAAAGGAGCGGGGAGUCGCACUGAAGCCGUGAUGGAAGAAACAGGCACUCACAUAGUGUAGCGUCAGAUAGAAGACGAUUCCUUCGAAAGUAAUCAU